GUUUAAACAUGUGUUAGACGUGAAAGUAGUGAACUGACGGCCACAAAACAACAUGAGCAGGAGUAAAAGCCGCCUCGUUUACAAAAAGAAGAUAAUGCAGUUUUAGCUAGUGCUACUUUCCAACUGCCGUCCAUAGGAGCAGGUAUGGACACGGACUUGUUGCAGCAGCAAGAAGGAGUGCCAAGAAGCAAGAUGAAUAAAGAGUGUGAGGACUCAAUGAGAGAAAAGAAACAAAUUGAUUUCAGCAACAUCUACAGCAAAGAGCUGCUGCCAGCAUCAGGAGGAGAAGAAGUAACCAGGAUAUUUGUUCAGCAGCUGAUCAACUUAUUGAUCGAUUACAUCUGCAAGUCACAUCACACUCACUCCAAGGUUUUGGACUUCCAUCACCCUCACCAGCUCCUGGAAGGUCUGGAAGGUUUCAGUCUGGACUUGCCCGAGUCAGCAGAAACCCUGGAACAGAUCCUAGUGGACUGUCGAGACACGCUCAAGUACGGGGUGGAUACAGGCCAUCCUCGCUUCUUCAACCAGCUGUUUUCAGGUCUGGAUGUGAUCGGUGUCGUUGGCGAGUGGCUGACAUCAGUAGCAAAUACUAACAUGUUCACCUAUGAAGUAUCUCCUGUCUUCACGCUGAUGGAGGAAGUUGUACUGAAGAAGAUGCAAAGCAUUGUGGGAUGGAGUACUGAUGAUGAAGGAGAUGGUAUUUUCUCUCCAGGAGGUGCAAUAUCCAACAUGUACAGUUUGCUGGUGGCCAGAUAUUACUUUUACCCAGAAGUCAAGACGAAGGGAAUGAGAGCGCUGCCUGAACUUGUACUCUUCACUUCACAACAUAGCCACUACUCCCUGGUGAAGUCUGCUGCGGUGUUGGGGCUCGGCAGCGACAGUGUGGUGGAGGUCACGUGUGAUGAAAGAGGGAAAAUGAUUCCAGAAGAACUUGAGGCUUGCAUCCUUGCAGCUGAAAAAAAGAACAAGGUUCCGUUCUAUGUGAACGCCACAGCAGGAACUACUUUGUACGGUGCCAUGGACCCCCUGGUGGACAUAGCUGACAUCUGCCAGAGACACACACUGUGGAUGCACGUGGAUGCAUCAUGGGGUGGAGGACUGCUCCUGUCACACAGACACAAGAUCAAACUGCAGGGCAUUGAACGAGCGUGGUCGGUGACGUGGAACCCUCACAAGAUGAUGAGUGUUCCUCUUCAGUGCUCCGUGAUUCUGAUCAAGAAGAAAGGCCUCUUGCAGAAGUGCAACGAGUUGGGGGCGGCGUAUCUUUUCCAGAAAGACAAGUUCUACGACGUGAGCUACGACACUGGAGAUAAGAGCAUCCAGUGUGGAAGACACGUGGACGUCUUCAAACUUUGGCUCAUGUGGAAGGCCAAGGGGACGGAAGGCUUCGCAGCCGAGGUCAACAAGUGUUUGGAGAACGCGGAGUACUUGCAUGAUUUACUGCAAAGGAGGACCGACUUCGAACUGGUCUUCCAGCACAAGCCCGAGAGCAGCAACGUGUGUUUCUGGUACAUCCCUCCCAGUCUGCGCGGCAUGCCACCUGGACCGGACCGGGACCAGAAGCUCCAUCAGGUAGCGCCUCGGAUCAAAGGGCGGCUGAUGGAGAAAGGCUGUGUUCUGAUUGGCUAUCAGCCCACAAGAAGCAAGGUGAACUUCUUCAGGUGUGUGUUUGUCAACCGUGCCACGAGGAGAGAGGACAUCCACUUCCUGCUGGAGGAGAUCGCCCUGCUUGGCCGUGACUUAUGACUGCAACACUAGUCGUAGUAGUAGUGUCGUUUGCUCACAAUAGUCCAAGUUGAAGAUGCGGACACCUUUGUUACUGGAUAUAAUCUAACCCUGCCUUGGAGACUUUGCAUGUGUCUGUAUUAUUACUAGCUCGUGUGCUUAGCUGCCCAUAGCCUAGCAUGUCCACGAACUUUACAAAAUAAAAGCCCAAC